UCCUCCUCUGAGCUCAGUGGCCUGAGAACCUGCAGCGUGACGCACCCAGACAUCACGAUGGAUGUAAAGUUGUACUUUGUAUUGGGGUUCUACUGUUUCCUGCCUAAGGUGGUGUCGGUGCAGAAGUGUGAGGUGGAGACGGAGAUCGAGCAGGAGAAGGAACGCUGUCACAACAGCACCUCUGGAAACAGCACCUCAGGGUGCCAGGGGAUGUGGGAUGUGGUUGCCUGCUGGCCCCCCUCCCCGGUGGGAGAGGUGGUCACCAUCACAUGUCCACAUUACUUCAGUUACUUCAGCGACCAGCAUAAAGGUAACCUCUCCAAGACCUGCACCGCGGACGGCUGGAGCGAGAUGCUGCCCAUCGACAUUGCCGUCAACUGUGGCUACAACCACAACAUCAGCGGGGACGAGGGGAGGUUCUUCUGGCAGGUGAAGGUGGGCUACACCAUCGGCCACAGCGUCUCCCUCGCCUCGCUCCUCACUGCCGUCCUCAUCCUCUGCAUCUUCAGGAAGCUGCACUGCACCAGGAACUACAUCCACCUCCACCUGUUCGUGUCCUUCAUCCUGAAAGCGGUGUCCGUGUUCGUGAAAGACGUGGUGCUGUACGAGGUGGGGGAGGAGGACAACUGCUCCUCAGGGCUGUUGGGCUGCAAGGUGGCGAUGGUGUUCUUCCAGUACGGCGUCAUGGCCAGCUUCUUCUGGCUGCUGGUGGAGGGGCUUUACCUCCACGCCCUAUUGGCUGUCUCCUUCUUCUCCGAGAGGAAGUACUUCUGGGCCUAUAUUCUGAUUGGUUGGGGAGGGCCGAUGGUCUUCAUCACAGCUUGGACCAUCGCAAAGGCCAAGUACAACGAUGUGGGGUGCUGGGAUAUCAUCGAGAACUCGGAUGGGUUCUGGUGGAUAAUUAAAACUCCCAUACUGGUCUCCAUUUUGAUGAACUUCUUCCUCUUCAUCUGUAUCAUUCGAAUACUUCGUCAAAAGAUCAACUGCCCGGAUAUAGGAAGAAACGAGUCAAACCAGUAUUUGAGAUUGGCGAAGUCUACUCUGCUUCUGAUCCCUCUGUUCGGGAUCAACUUCAUCGUGUUCGCCUUCAUCCCGGAGCAGUUGAAGACAGAGAUGCGCCUGGUGUUCGACCUGAUUCUGGGAUCCUUCCAGGGCUUCGUGGUGGCCGUGCUGUACUGUUUCCUCAACGGGGAGGUUCAGGCGGAGGUGAAGAGGAAGUGGCGGCGGUGGUUGCUGCAGCGCUACAUGGGUUCAGACUCCACCAAGUACCAACAGCCGUCCAGCAACGGGAACACCUUCAGCACCCAGAUCUCCAUGCUGACCAAGUGCAGCCCCGUGACCCGCCGGGUCUCCUCCUCCGGCCCUGAGGACUCCUCCGUCAUCUGACCUCCAUCGCCAUGGAGACGUGUCAACGUGUGUGUAUAUAUCCCCGACCACAAGGACUGCUCCGUCAUCUGACCUAUGUGUAUAUAGAUGAUGACCUAUGUACCUGUGUGUGCAUAUAGGUCAGGACCUAUGUACCUGUGUGUAUAUAGGUCAG